AUGAGUGAACUCCACUUUUUGACCCCUGCGGGGUCCUCGGAAGUCCAGGUAAACAGAAGCUCUCAGUGCUCCCUAGAGGAGGUUCCUGCAGCUGCUUCUAAGCCUCGACACAGCCUGGGCAUUCUCCAUGCCUCCUACAGUGUCAGCCACUGCGUGGGGCCCUGGUGGGACAUCGCAUCUCGCCGACAGAAGUGGACCAGGCAGAUCCUCAAAGAUGUCUCCUUGUACGUCGAGAGUGGGCAGAUCAUGUGCAUCUUGGGGAGCUCAGGCUCGGGGAAAACCACCCUGCUGGACGCCAUGUCCGGGAGGCUGCGGCGCACGGGGACCCUGCUCGGGGACGUGUUCGUGAACGGCCGGGCGCUGCGCAGGGAGCAGUUCCAGGACUGCUUCUCCUACAUCCUGCAGAGCGACACUCUGCUGAGCAGCCUCACGGUCCGCGAGACUGUCUACACGGUGCUGCUGGCCAUCCGCGGCGGCUCCCAGGGCUUCUUCCAGAAGAAGGUGGAGGUAGUCAUGGCAGAGCUGAGUCUGAGCCACGUGGCAGAUCGACUGAUUGGCAACUACAACUUUGGGGGAAUUUCCCAUGGUGAGAGGCGCUGGGUCUCCAUCGCAGCCCAGCUCCUCCAGGAUCCCAAGGUCAUGCUUUUUGAUGAGCCAACCACAGGCCUGGACUGCAUGACUGCAAAUCAGAUCGUUGUCCUCAUAGCAGAGCUGGCUCGCAGGGACCGCAUCGUGAUCCUCACCAUCCACCAGCCCCGCUCCGAGCUCUUCCAGCUCUUUGAUAAAAUUGCCAUUCUGAGCUGCGGAGAGCUGGUUUUCUGCGGGACACCGGUGGAAAUGCUUGAUUUCUUCAGUGGCUGCAGUUACCCUUGUCCCGAACAUUCAAACCCUUUUGAUUUUUAUGUGGACCUGACAUCAGUGGAUACCCAAAACAAAGAACGGGAAAUAGAAACCUACAAGAGAGUCCAGAUGAUUGAAUCUGCCUACAAAGAAUCAGCAAUGUAUCGCAAAACCUUGGAGAAUAUUGAAAGAACAAAACACCUGAAAACAUUACCAGUGAUUCCUUUCAAAACCAAAGAUUCUCCUGGAGCCCUUUCUAAACUGUGUGUUCUCUUGAGGAGAGUGACGAGAAACUUAAUGAGAAAUAAGCUGGCAGUGACUAUGCGUCUCACUCAGAAUCUGAUCAUGGGUUUGUUCAUCGUUUUCUUCCUUCUGCGGGUCCAGAACGACGUGCUAAAGGGUGCCAUCCAGGACCGUGUGGGUCUCCUGUACCAGUUUGUGGGUGCCAUCCCGUACACAGGCAUGCUUAACGCUGUGAACUUGUUUCCUGUGUUGCGAGCCAUCAGCGAUCAGGAGAGCGAGGAUGGCCUGUACCGGAAGUGGCAGAUGCUGCUAGCCUACGUGCUGCAUGUGCUCCCCUUCAGCGUCAUUGCCACCAUGAUAUUCUGCAGCGUGUGCUACUGGACUCUGGCCUUAUACCCUGAGGCUGCCAGAUUUGGAUAUUUCUCUGCUGCUCUCUUGGCCCCCCACUUAAUUGGUGAAUUUCUAACUCUUGUGCUACUGGGUGUGGUCCAAAACCCAAAUGUGGUCAACAGCAUGGUGGCCCUGCUCUGCAUUUUUGGGGUGCUUGCAGGCUCUGGAUUCCUAAGAAACACAGAAGAAAUGCCCCUUCCUUUUAAAAUCUUCAGUUAUUUUACAUUCCAAAAAUAUUGCUCUGAGAUUCUUGUAGUCAAUGAGUUCUAUGGACAGAAUUUCACUUGUGGCAACUCAAAUGGUUCUAUGUCAACUAAUCCAAUGUGUGCCUUCAGUCAAGGAAUUCAAUUCAUUGAGAGAACCUGCCCAGGUGCAACAUCCAGAUUCACAGCCAACUUUCUGAUUUUGUAUUCAUUUAUCCCAGUUCUUGUCAUCCUAGGAAUAAUUGUUUUUAAAAUCAGGGAUUAUCUCAUUAGCAGAUAG